UCUGAGGUCGCUGCAGCCAAUGAGGCGACUGAAGCUCGGCAGGACGUUGCGGGCAGCAGGGAUUCACGCGGAGCGAGGAGAGUUCCCCACUUACGCUCAGAGAUAGGCAUCUGAUGUCUUCUGUGUGGCCAGGCGAAACCUGAUCGGCUGCAUAACAGCCGAAACCAGGAGGAGUCGUGUAUCGGAAAAUGUCUUCCUCCUUAAGCAACAUCACAAGCCCAAUUGAGAUCAAGCAAGAAAAUACAGCUGAAACUGUAGAUCAGGUCUCGGAGCUCGUCACACUAACCCCCUUGACUCUGGCUACAGAGCAGGCAGUAGCUGUGGGAGGAUCUGCAGACCAGGUACGAGCUGAACUUUUGUCAGCUGCUGCUGCAGUCUCGUCAACCCUGUCCUUUUCACCGGAGCAUGUUGCUUGUGUUUGUGAGGCUUUACAGCAAGGUGGGAAUCUAGAUCGACUGGCCAGAUUUCUGUGGUCUUUACCCCACAGUGACCUGCUACGUGGCAACGAAAGUAUUUUAAAAGCCAGGGCUCUGGUGGCAUUCCACCAAGGCAGGUAUCAGGAGCUGUAUAACAUUUUGGAAAGUCACAACUUCGAGGCUUCGAACCAUGCUCUGCUGCAAGAUCUGUGGUAUAAAGCUCGUUACACGGAGGCAGAAAAAGCCAGGGGUAGAACUUUGGGAGCUGUUGAUAAGUAUAGACUGAGGAGGAAAUACCCUCUUCCAAGGACUAUUUGGGAUGGAGAGGAAAUGAUUUACUGCUUCAAGGAGAAAUCGAGAAAUGCACUGAAGGAACUUUACAAACAGAAUCGGUAUCCGUCACCAGCGGAGAAGAGAAAUUUGGCAAAAAUUACCGGACUUUCCUUGACUCAGGUUAGCAACUGGUUCAAGAACCGGCGGCAGAGGGACCGAAACCCUUCAGAGACCCAUUCGAAGAGUGAAUCAGAUGGCAAUCACAGCACUGAAGAUGAGUCCAGCAAAGGACAGGAAGAUAGCUCUCCACAUCCGCUUACUGUGUCUUCUGAUGGCGCCAACAGCACUGGCCUUUCAAAUUCUGCAGAGUCUAUGUUCAUGCAGCAUCUUGGCAACUCUAAAGUAUCUCCUUGCUCUUCUACACUUUUGUUAAAUGGAAAUGCAGUGAGUGCUACUCACCCACCUCAGAUGUUCCUUAACAGCAGUGCAUUUAUCCAGGGCCCUAAUGGUGUGAUCUUUAAUGGAGUAAGCAUGGGAAAUACCCAGGCAAUAACUCUGAGUCCUUUGAGAACAGCAGUCACAAGCGCUAUAGGUAACAAUGGGUCAUCUGCAGAGGCAAAUGCAUCGUCAUCCCCUGAAGAUGUGAAGGACUUGAAAAUGCUGCAAGGAUCUAUGCCUGGUCCGGGUAGCACAACAUACAGUCAUAAUAUAUCCACCCCAUUUUCUCUGUCUGCAGCUAAUGCCAGCAUCACAAAUGAGGCCAUACAGACCCUUGCCACACAGGAAGGUGGACCUGUAGUUGCUUUCUCAUCUCCUGUGCACGUUGGCCAGUACAACCUAGUUCAGUUGCCUAGUGCUGGAACAAAUGGACAGUUUAAUGGAAGGGUCAAAGUGUCUUCAUUUCAGCUUCCUUCAUCCUCAGUAGCUAUUUCACAAGGAGCCAGUCUAGUGGCAGAUCUUGGUGCAGUAGAAAAUGGGUCUUCAUCCAGUGAAACUGCAAUGAUAGUGCAACCAGGUAAAGUUUUUCUCACUCCGCUUCCACCCAAUACCAUUGUGUACAAAACUCCAGGUUCUGGAGAGGUUGUGACAACCAUCAAGCAAGAGGCUGCAGAUGGAAGUGUUGUGUACCCUCAGUUAAUGCCUGUUACUCAGAACACUCAGGUGAAUAUAGUUUCUUCUGAAAAUAUUUCUGCACCUUGCCCUCUGCCUUUGGGUCCACUGCUCCUUAAUGUCACAGCAGAGCAGAAUUUUCUGCCAAACAUUGGGCUGAACUCGGACAUCUCUGUGAAUCAAGCAGUUGUACAUGAUUCGUCUGCGUCAAUAGCUGCAACUAGUGCCCCCACUGCCACUUCUGUUGGUAACAGUAACUUUGCAGGCCUUCACAACUGCUCCUUCAUUGGUGGCCAGGAGACAUUUUCGGUUUCAACAGCUUCUUCACUUUUAGGGAACAGUGUGGUUUCUACAGGUAGAAAUGAUUCCACCCAUGCCACUGAACACAUCCAGCAAGGAUUUAGCAAUCAACACAUAUCUGUCCUUCAUAUGGUACCUAAUAUGAAAGGUGGUUUCCUUGCAUCUCCUGAAAACAAGUCAGAAGACUUGAUAAUGUUGGAUUCGAAAUCAAAGUAUGGUAUAAGUGACAUGGUACGUGCAGUAUGUGAAGGUUUAGCAUGUGACAAAAAAGAAAUUAUCAGGGCUGAAAUAGAAGAAGGCACCAAUAAUAUAUAGUUAUAUUUUAUUUUGUUUUCACAAAUUUGAGGCUUUAAAAAGUGAAUACUUGUUUCUUGUUGCUUAAAAAACAAAGCAU